ACACUUGGCUAAUUCACAAGCAGAUAUACCUAUUCAAACAGUUCAAUUGCCAACUCAAGAGCAAUCUGAAAUGCCUUGUACAAAUGCUCUUGCUCAAAAAGAAACUUACAACCAAAUAAAAGAAACAGAAAAAAAUUUUUAG